ACCAGUCCACGUGACGUGACCUCCAGUAGUUUGGUACAGGAUGCAGGUGAAGACGUUCAUUGUUGCUUUCACCUCGGGCUAUACGGCGUGUUGUGUCAGUUUCAUCGUUUUCUUCGGAGGCUCACACUUGUCACGUGACACUGCCAGGGUCUUAACGGCAAACUUUGACGUCAUUAAUGGCACCAGACAGCACGGAGUUGAUGACGUCAGCCUAGCCGACCUGAGGAAACAGGUCAAAGUUCUCAUUUGGGUGAUGACGUCACCAAGUACUCUCAAUACGAGGGCGGAAGUGGUAAAAAAAACAUGGGCGACACACGCAGAGAAGGUUCUUUAUAUGAGCUCCCAGAGCAACUCGAGUUUCCCCGCGAUCGGGCUGAACGUGACGGAGGGCAGGGAUCAGCUGUCAGUGAAAACCAUGGAGGCGUUUAGCUACGUUUAUCGUCAUCACUUCCAGCAGUUUGAUUGGUUCAUGAAGGCUGACGACGACACUUACGUCAUCGUGGAGAACCUGCUCUUCUUCCUCUCUGACAAGGACUGCAAUGACCCGGUUUAUUUCGGUAACAUCUACAAGGUCAAGGUCAAGCAGGGCUACAACAGUGGUGGGGCCGGCUAUGUUCUGAGCAAGGAGGCGCUGAGACGACUGUGCCUGCACGGAGACGCACAGAAGUGCAGACAAGAGGGGAGGGAGGAGGACGUGGCUAUGGGCGAGUGCCUGCAAAGACUGGGCGUCAGGGCAGGCGAGACUGUAGACAGCCAGGGCAGGACGAGGUUCCAUCCCAACUACCCAGAGUACCAUUUGGUGCCCUACUACCCCCCUGCUUACAGCCUGUAUGACCUAUAUAACGGUACUAAAAGUGGUAUAAAAUGGAUGAGCGACUACGCUGUGAGCUUCCACUACAUUAAACCUGGCAAAAUGUUGGAGCUGGAAUAUUUCAUCUACCAUCUCAGGCCGUACAGUGGAAAUAAAUAUGCACCGAGUCAUCUACAUAAUAAAUAAUUUCUUAAUAAAUAAAAUCGUAAAUAUAUAGGCUAAACAUAUAAGCAUAUAGGCAGUGUAUC